GCCUGCGGAGUGACGGUUUCACUUUCACCUGGAUGCUCACAGCUUCCACGGCGAGGAAGCCUGGAAGCAUUCGUCUUCCUCUCGCAGCUCGUCAGUCGCAACACGCAACCCGGCGGUCGAGCAGACGACGCCACCCUGUCGGCCUACCACUCCCACUCCGAGCCGACCCGCCGCUAUCUUGGGAUGGGAGCGCUGGCCUUCUAACCUUGCCUCUCCUCUGCGCGCAGGGAAUCAGGAAUCAAGGACUAUGAGCGAAGACAGCGGCGACAUGACCGGCGGCGGCCAGCAAGGCAAAAACUCUGCGGCGCCAGUGUCCCCGCUGGAGGACGACAACCUGCUGUCCGUGAUCCUCUGCCGCCUGCCGUUAGUGCCGUCCUCGCUCCUCCGCGCCUCUCUCGUCUGCAAACCGUGGCGCUCGCUAGUCUCUGACCCCCGUUUCCUCCGCGACUUCCGCGCCCACCACCAGAAGCCCCCUCUCCUCGGCUUCUUCUCUGUCGAUUUCUUUGGAAACAUCGAAUUCACCACAAUGCUGGGUCCAUCUUCGGACCGCAUCCCUACCGAACGCUUCUCCUUGCGGAUCGGUCCGACCUGCAGAGUUCUUCGCAGCCACCAUGGCCGUGUCCUUGUCCUCAACCAGGAGGGGCAACACUUCUUGGUGUGGGAUCCUGUCACCGGCGAGCUGCUCAACGUUGCCUUCCCCAGGGGUCGAUGGCAAGAUGAUGCUUGUAAUUGAUGGUGGAGUCGUUUGCGCUGCCACUGACCAAGGCCAUGUGCAUGGUGCUUGCCACUCGGAUCCCUUCAGGGUGGUUUUCAUAGGUGAAGACAGGGGACAAAUUUUUGCAUGUGUUUACUCAUCAGAGACCAGGGCAUGGGGCAAUCUAUUCUCAAUGAUGUCGCCGCUGCCAUAUUUUGUGACAAAUUCUCCUAAAUGUCCAAGUACCCUGGUCAGGAAUUCCAUUUGCUUGUUGAUUUUUGGGGAAAGGGCUGUAAUUCUUGAGUUCAUGUACCAUCGGAUGCAUAUCACUUUGAUGCCUUUAUUGGUGGCAUGUGUCAGUUCAUGGUUACACCUGCUGACAGUGGUGGUCUCAGCUUCAUCCUUCAGCGUCCAUGUAUGGAAGAGGGUGUCUGAUGGUGGCCGUAAUAAUGCUACAUGGAUGCUUGGGAAUACCAUUGAACUGAGAAAGCUACUUUCGCUGAAGCCAAUGAUGCACCUAAGAAUAAUGGGACUGGAUGAAGACAACAAUGUCAUAUUCAAACUGACAGAUAGUGUUGUCUUCACGGUCAAUCUUGAGUCACUGCAGUUCAAGAAACUGUCCACACAAUUGCCUUUCUACCCUUUUUCCUUCCAUCCAUUCAAAAGUUUCUACACUCCAGGUGUGCGCGUUUGUGCUGGACAGAAUGAUAUCAAAAGUUUGACAGGAGCAUAAAAUGGUUGUCUGGCAAUAUAUGCUACAAUGCUUUAUUGGUUGAAAGGUAUCUGCUGUUUGUUCCUGUUUUCCCAGAUGCGGAUAUGGUUUGUUAUCAUCGCACUUCCAUUGCUGUGGCCUAUGGUGUUUUCCUUUCAGAGAUGAACCCUCCGAUCCAUAUUGCGUGUACUAUGAAGUGGAAUUAAUUGCAGCAGAGUUAAUUGCCUAAUUUUGCUGAUUCCCUUUACUUUUUAAUUCUGUAUGGUCAUAAAUCUAACUUUGAAUACGAAGAUUGGUUCCCAUGUGUUCUGGUA